UCAUUGUAGAACUGGUGGUCGACGCUUCCGCCCAGUUUUCCGAUGUUCAUUGCUCGAGUUGAAAAUGGAGUUCGAUUAAAGCAGAUGUCCAACAACUUCUUCGGGAAAAUGUAACUCACUGUAUUUGCCUUUUGUAUGUAAAUUUCUUAAUAUAAAUUAUGUUGUACAUUUUUCUAGCUGUGGAGGCUAUAAUUCAACGUACACCGACACAUUGACGGACCAACCAGCGCUUUUUAAGUGUUGUCCUGGACCUGAAGUUGGAGAGGGGAAUGCUCGAUAACUAGCCACUAAUAACGUGCCAAAUGUCGGUUUUAUUUUGUACACUUUUUAGCAUCUGAACGCAUUGGAUUUCGUUUUACCGAAGAGGAUGACGAAGAUGUGCAUUUUGUUGAGGUUGGAUUUUACUUCCAGGGAAAAUAAAAUUAAUGAUCGGUUGUCACUCCUCGCAAUUGAGUUACACAAUUAGCUAGGCUACUUGGUUUUCCUAAAAGAGCUCAGUUAUGCAUGCACCAUUGUAAGACAAUUAACUUUUAUACAAUAUCUAGUGAUUUUAUGCGAAAGAAAAUGGUGAUAUUUGCGGUUUAUUCCACCGCCGUCACUGCGUCCUCGAUGCUAUUGCCAGGAUUUGGAUCCCCGUGAGAAAAAAUGAGCGAAGAUUCAACAAAUCCAAACGAUGACUGCAGCAGCACAACACAUAAGAUGGCCAACAUAUGAUGCAAUUGAAGAUCAAGGAAGAUGGUGGGAAAAGAACAUGACAGUUAUGCGCGUGUGAGAGCAGUGGUCAUGACUCGGGAUGACUCCAGUGGUGGGUGGCUGCCUCUGGGAGCUGGGGGCCUCAGCUGCGUCACCGUCUACAAAGUCAGCCGGACACCGGACAGUGACAGCAGCACCACAGCAGACUUCCUCAUCAAGGGGGAGCGGCUCAAAGACAAAUCGGUUGUUCUGGAGUGUAUUCUAAAGAAGGACCUGGUCUACAACAAGGUCAACCCCAUAUUUCACCAUUGGAGGAUCAACGACAAGAAGUUUGGCCUGACCUUCCAGAGUCCUGCAGACGCCAGGGCCUUUGAUAGAGGGAUCCGCAGGGCCAUCGAGGACAUCAACCAAGGCUGUCCUGCGUUUGAUGACUCGGACUCUCUUGAAGAUGGAUUACAGCCCCUGUGUGAGGCGCUGCCCUCCAUCUGUACGCCAAUGAAGGAGCCCUUUUCCCCCCUGAGUGUCCACAAUGUGGUGUCCACUGAACCCUACCGGGGCUGCUACGUCCGCGCUCAGCCCUUUGACCAGUUUCACUCCAGCAACCACCACUACCUGCCGCCUCAGGUGUCCUUCAAGUCUACGCGCCAUGUGAGCUUUCACAUGGAUGAGGAGGAGAUUGUAAGGAUCAACCCUCGUAAGGAUGUUCUGAUUCGCGGCUACGAGGACUACCGCCACCCAGUCAUGUGGAAGCAGGAGGCAGAGCGAGAGGACCCUGACUUCCCUGCCCUAUUCCACAAACUGGACAGCAAGAAGUGUGAGUACCUCUUCCCCGAGGGGCCGGGCAUGGAGUCCCACUCAGGCCCUGGGAGUAUGGGCAUGGGCACAGGACUGGGGCUAGGGCUGGGUAAAGACUCCUCCAAGGUGCAGCCCUCACCACUGCUCAAGUCCAAAAAAGGGCGGCGGAGGAGGGAAGAUGGGGAGCGUUCUCGCUGCAUCUACUGCCGGGAAAUGUUCAACCAUGAGGACAACCAGCGGGGCCAGUGCCAGGAUGCUCCUGACCCCAUCAAGCAGUGCAUCUAUAAAGUCAGCUGCAUGCUGUGUGCUGAGAGCAUGCUGUACCACUGCAUGUCCGACUCGGAGGGAGACUUCUCGGACCCGUGCUCGUGUGACACGGCUGACGAGCAGUUCUGCCUGCGCUGGCUGGCCCUGACGGCACUGUCCUUCAUCGCUCCCUGUAUGUGCUGCUACCUGCCGCUGAGAGCCUGCCACCACUGUGGGGAGGCCUGCAGAUGCUGCGGGGGCAAGCACAAGGCCGCUGGGUGACCUGACUGAACUCUGACCCCUCACCUGGGAUGACCUACCCACAACACAGCUAGCUGACACAGGAAAGCGGAAAAAAGCUGGGUAUUCAAAUGCCGGCAACCUUGUUUUUCAUUCACCUCAGAGGGGGUGACAUGUUGUUGUAGACGCCGGGCUCUGGAGGUCUUUUGUGUCCUUCGACGCAGAGAGCAGCGGAAGACUAACCUUGUGCUUUACGGGCUCUGAGCGUGAAGUAGAGUUCAGGAGCUGAACGUGAGGAGAAGGCAUUGAGACUAGCAGACAUGGAAAUAUUAUUAAACAAACACACUUACUCACACUCGUACAUAAUACACACAACAACCAGGCCACCAUGUCACUCUCCCUACAAGUAAUGUGUAACUUUAUGAAGGAAUAUUGUCUUUUGUACAGAGAGCAGCAACUACACAACAACAACAGCAAAAAAGUAAAAAUUUGUGCAUACAGAAAACAAACUUGAAGUCUGCUAAAAGGGAUAUGUUGUUGUGAACUUGUAGUUGGUUAACAUUGGCAGGUCCUUUAUGACUCGAGCGUUCGCUGACGGUGUAAUUGUUAGAGAAGGUGCACUAGAAAUGUUUAUCCCCCUUCACACAAUUCUAAUGGUACAUUAACCUUAAGACCAUUCUUAUUGAGUCAUUUAACAGUUGCUGUGGUGGAUGUGUACGUGUUUCCUUAUUUUUCCUAUUCAUCAAAUGUUGAACAAAAAAAGAAGGUAACACCUUUUCAUCUUUUGCUGGUACAGUCUGACAUAGCUAGAUGUUAGAAUGAUUUCCUUGUUUUGGUAAGGUGAUUUGGACCACUUAAUUGCAUUCCAACAUAAAGUGAUCAAUUCCAUGAGCAGGAUGGAAAAUAUGGUAAUGUCUUCUGCAAUCCUCCAUCCCCCGAACUAGUCAAGAAUUAAUGUUAGCACUUCUUGACUCACCUUCCAUGAGACCAAAAUGUCACAAUUCCAGGUACUUUACCGGAUUUUCUAUUUUGACUCCAUCACAUCUUCGCUUCAUGGUAAAACUGUUGUUUUUUUAUUUAAAGCUGAAGAUUUUCUCAACCAGCAAGUUUUUCUGUUUAAUGUUGGUGAGUAAGGGGUCUUGAGUGCCCCUUUGUUGAACAAGGCACUUAAAUUAGACUAGUUUGGGGAAAACCUUUUGUUUUUAUUAGUCUGAAACUAGAAAUUACCAACUAAAACUCAAAUGUUGUGUGCAAAAAGCCAACCUUGAAAGCACUGGUCUCCAAGCUUUGGUUACAGCACCAUCUUCAAAUUUCAAAAGUACUUGAUGUCUGUCCCCUUGUGAUUUGAAGCAUUUGUAACGAGUCAAAUGUACUACUGUUAAGUCAUUUUGCAGCUUGUCCACGGUAAGUCAGAGAAUACAUAGUUUAACAUUUGCCCAGUCAUGAAUGAACAGGUACCUCAUUUUAAAUGUCAAAGGGCAUUUGCCUAUAGGUAAUUAUAGCAUAUGGAUAUGAUUGUUUGUUACACACUAUAUGUGCGUAGGUCUUCAUAUGCAGUGAGAUGUCAAGCACAGUGAUCAUAGAAACUGAUAACUAUGUUGACUCGUUGUUACAAACCUGACUUUGUUGAAAGCUGAUGGGGAGAUGCAGUAUGAAGGUCUUUGUUGAAAUCCAUGUUUCACUCCGAGGAACAUAGCCACAAUAACUGUAGACAUACCUCUGGUUGUAUUCAUUUGAUGCUGCGUCUUUAAAAGACAGAAUGUUAUUGCUAAUUCCACUGUUUUAAGAAAUCUGUCUGCCUGUGUUCCGGAAUCGUUUUUGAGAACAAAGAAAUUGGUUUCUUUGAUCAUUUAGGCCAGCGGUGUCAGUCAUUCCACGGAGGGUUGAGUGUCUGUGGGUUUUUGUUUUUUUCCUUUCAAUUAAGACCUAGACACCCAGGUUAGGGGAGUUUCUUACUAAUUAGUUCAUCAAUCAAGUACAAGGGUGGAGCAAAAACCCUCAGACACUCCAUGGAAUGAGUUUGACACGUGAUUUAGACAAAAUCGUUAUCAAAAGGAUUUAAAAUCACCCCUAUUUAAAAAGCUUGUCAUUACAGCCCUGUACUGUAACCAAUAGAUAUGCACACCAUCCCCCGGACCACCCCUUCUUGAGAAGGACGUGGCAACCCUGUCGUCGCCAGACUGGAUGGGGGCAGUCAACUUCUUCCAUAUCCCUCUCUUAUGCCCCAUGCGAGGUACCAACCAACACCCUUUACUUUCUAUGCAAACUGUUGGCCAUGAGAAACACAUAGACCUCUCCACACUGAGUCAGUGACAGGACACUUUACUAACGCUAUGUAGACGUUACCCCAGGUACUAAACUCCAAGCACCUAUAAAUAAGUAACACUAUAUUUAAAUACCGGAUCAGAAUCCCAUUUUGUUUUUUGGAAAUUAAAAGAGAGCUGUAUUUGUCAUUGCUGUCAGCAUAUACUGUAGCUUCAAUUGACAGCAUUAUGUACAUAGGUCACCUUUUAGUAUUACUUCACAUUGAAAGUGGAGGGCGUUCAUGAUGGAAAUGACAAUUAAGCUUUUAAUGGAGUUUCAUUCUAGUUUUCUAUGAAGGGAGGAAGGCUAGAAUGCUAACAUGGUACAGUAGUGGCAGUCCACUUAUUUAAAAAAAAA